AUGACGAUCUUGACUGACUUUCCACCAGAUGUUGUCAACAUCAUACCAGGUGGUGGGCCUGAAUGUGGUUAUGCAAUUGCUGUUCAUGCACAUAUUGAUAAAGCAGCUUGUACUAGCUCAGUAGAAGUUGGAAAGAAAAUACAAGAAGCAGCAACUAAAUCAAAUCUUAAAUGUGUUACACUUGAACUUGAAUCAGAUGACAAGUUUGGAGAUAAAUUAGAAUGUGGUGGUGAACGAGUUGAUAAUAAAGAUUAUUUUAUCAAAGCAACUAUUUUUAGUGAUGUAAAAGAUGAUAUGCAAAUUACUCGUGAAGAGAUAUUUGGUGCAGUAAUAUCAGUCUUAAAGUAUGAUUCAUAUGAAGAAGUUAUCAAACGAGCAAACGAUACGACUUUUGGACUUGGUGCUGGGGUAAUAACUAGAGACAGUAAAUUUGAAAGAAAUGAUUAUUGAUGAUUAUUCUAGUUUUUCAGUAAGAUGUGGUCUUACGUUGGCUCAUGAAAUAUGACCUGGCUCUAUUUGGAUAAAUACUUAUAAGGCUAUAUGUAAUCAAGCACUAUUUGGUGGCUUUAAACAAUCAGAUCAGGAAAGAAAAUUAG